AAAGUUUUUUCUCCCCCGGUGCCCCUUUAGGAAGCCUCACAUAAUCAGCUUCGGUUCGAGGUACUUUAGAGAGAGCAGGGUUGAGGGUAGAGGCAGUCACAGAGAGAGAGAGGUCCAGCAGAAAGAACAGGGGAGUCAAGAGGUGCAGAAAAACACGCAGAGUUGUGGUAAAUAUUAAAGAAGUUUGUGCUUGAGAAAAAAUGGGAGUCCAGCCAACUGGCAUAGUCUAAGUUCUCCAGCUAAGCUCUAAAAAGUCGGAGACAGCCCAGACUUCAACCCACACGGACUCGAGUCUCCUCUGAACACUGUCGGCUGCAGUAUGGCUUCUCUGUAGGGGAGCUGCAUUCAGGGAGACGGUGUCUUUUGGACAUCUUAUCGCCAUCUGUGGGACCUUAAUUGCACAGGCUCCACAGUGCUGCUGGUUUGCAAAUAUUAAGACUCAUAGCUGCUGUACAAUGGCCUGGCACCAUGGAGUGUGAGAUUGAUUUCUACAAACAUUUUGCCUGGCUCAGAAAGGUAAAUCGUCAUCCUAACAGCAACAGUGACUCCUACCAGGAACGUUUGUCACGGCUGGAGGGAGACAAGGAGUCGCUCGUUCUGCAGGUGAGUGUGCUGACAGACCAGGUGGAAGCUCAAGGCUCCAAAAUCAGUGACCUGGAAAGUUCCCUGGUGGAGUAUCAGCAGAAACUCAACAGCACAGAGGAGAUGCUGCAGCAGGAACUCCUGCAUAGGACGUCACUGGAGGGUCAGAAGCUGAGUCUUAUGGGGGAGGUGUCCUACCUGAAACUCAAACUGGCCGACAUGGAGGGAAAACAGCAGAGCAACGGAGCCGAACGACAGCACAAAGCAGAGACCGUGGUUAAUUUCAUUAGUGAACUGCAGGAGCAGAUGUGUAGGUUUCAGGAGGAGAUCAAUAGCAAGAUCCAGGGGAAACAGGCCUCCGAGGUGCCGCCUGACGGCAGCUCCUCUGCAGUCGGCUGCCCUGAACCCACAGAGGAUCAGCUGCCCUCCAAACCUGGACCAUCCUGUGACAGAACCUCGGCGGUUUGUCUCGAAGGAGCUCAAGAUGGUCCUAAUGGAAGCACAGACGUCCUGGAGGAGGGCAGCUCAGAGGCAGAGCAGCAGCUCCACGGUGUUUUACUGAAGGAGCUCCGUAUUCUAAAGGAGAAAGUGGAACAUCUGGAGGAGCAGAAGCUGCAGUACGAGAAGAAACUAAAAGCAACAAAGGCAGAGAUCAUCGGCCUUCAGCAGCUUCUGCUCACCAAGAACGCAGAGAUCGAGAGCCUGCACACACAGCUGUUGACCAGACCCUGUCUGUCCACCGAGAGCUCGGAGAGAGACCAGGAACUGCAGAGGCUGAGACUUGGAAUGAAGACUCUGCUCGCAGCCAACAGUGAAAAGGACCGAAGGAUUGAAGAACUGACUCUGCUCCUAAACCAGUGCAGACAAUUCCGAGAGGUCGCUCAAUCCACGAGGCUAGCACCCUCUGCUGGCCGUUCACUACCGAAUGGGAGAACCCCUUCAAGUAGCAGUGAGGAAGAAGAGCAGAGUUUGCACAAAAGUAAUGAUUCGGGGAGUGCAAAUUCUGAGGAUCAGAAAUCUGAGGUUUCCACAAUCAGCUCUUCGUCCCAUCAAGCAUCUGUUGGAUCAGGUCACAAAGACACCGACUACAGAGGAGACUCGCAGACACUGUCCAGUAGUCUGAGUGACUUAACAAACGGACCUUUGACAAAGAACGGUCUCAGUGGCAUGAAAAGUCAGACGAUGCCUGUCAAGUCCUCACUGUCUGAGCAAAGUGAAUUUGCAGAGAGCAGCAGCAGCAGUGAAGCCCAGAGUCAGAAAUCUCCAGAUGGGAGUGAAGAUGGAGACUCCAGUCAAAGAAAGUCAGAGAGAGCUGAUGACAGCACUUCAAGCAACAAUUCCCCCAUUCAUUCAGGAGCAGCUCCACAGACCGGCCAACGAGUGGUGGGCUCACCAGAAUACAUGAAGAAUAACAGGAGCUUCAAGAGACUCUGGGGGAAACUUCGGAGGACCCAGUCUGGAGGACUCCAGUCGGCUGAUCCGGAUGGAGGUCCUUUUAAAAGAGGUGGUCUGAGAGCCACAGCUGGACCCAGACUGACCAGGACUCCAGAAUCUUACGAUUCGACGCGUGACAUGAAUAUUCCAUUCAGCCAGUGGACCAAGGAGCAGGUGUGUGGCUGGCUGGAGGACUACGGGCUGGGCCACUAUGUCAGUCUGAGCAGACAGUGGGUCGAGAGUGGACAAACCCUGCUGUCGGCUUCACCUCAGGAGAUCGAAAAGGAGAUGGGUGUGAAGAAUCCUCUGCACAGGAAAAAGCUGCAGCUGGCCUUGAAAGCCUUCACCACCAAAGUCGUAGAGAAAUCUUCAGAGCUGGACCACAUCUGGGUCACCAGAUGGCUGGACGACAUCGGUCUGCCUCAGUAUAAGGAUCAAUUCCACGAGGCCCGAGUGGACGGUCGGAUGAUACAGUACCUCACAGUGAAUGACCUGUUGACUCUAAAGGUCACCAGCCAGCUGCAUCAUCUCAGUAUCAAAUGUGCGAUCCACGUCCUCCACGCCAACAAGUUCAACCCUCACUGUCUGAGACGGAGGAGGAGGUGACUCAGGGGCGGCGGGAAACAGCCAAGUCCAUCAGAGGUGGUGCAGUGGUCAAACCACCGUGUUAUGGAGUGGCUUCGAGUAGUGGAUCUGGCAGAGUACGCUCCUAAUCUACGAGGCAGCGGAGUUCACGGGGGUCUAGUUAUUUUAGAACCACGCUUCACCUCAGAAACUUUAGCCCUGCUGCUAAAUAUUCCUCCCCAGAAGACUUUGCUUCGUCGCCAUCUGGCCACAGCGUUUUCAGCCCUGGUGGGAACUCAGGCCACGCAGGAGAAGAGGGAGUACGGCAACGCCACAGGCCACGUUCCACUCACAACUACUGCUAAAGUGAAGCCAAAGAAAUUGGGCUUCACCCAAUUCAGCCACCUGAGGAAGAGGAAACCUGAUGAAUCGGCGGAUUAUAUUUGCCCCAUUGACAGCGGAGGCCUGACGGUGAACGGGGUUUCCAGAAUGCCCUCCGCAGCACUCAGGGGCCUCAGUCCCAGCCUGGAAAGACAGGCCGAGAAACGGGAGUCGACCGCACCCAACGGCGAGGCGGACGGCUCCAAACAAUGACUCACAAACUAACACGUACUCGGUGUGACGUCCCGUCCGUCGCCACCAACUUUGAACAUCAAUGGCUGUUGAUCAGACAAAAACUUCAAUUUAAAUCAACGUGCGUCCUAGCCAUCGUUUACUGAGAGACUGUUGCUAAGUCGUUGCUAACCGUUGGCCUUGAUGAAGAACGAGAACUUUGUGUUAAUAAAAAGCUGCUCUCUGCAUUCCUUAUACAGCCGGAUUCCGAAGCUUUCACUUUUGACUCCAGUCGAUCAGUUGUACCAAUCAGUGGUUCUGUCUGUAUCUCAUCAGGUUCUGUAGGGUGAGGUUAGCCACCAUUUUGUUUUGUCAAAUAUGUACGUAGUACUUACGCCACCAAACACAUGCAGUACUGUCAUUUCUGAGCUUGUUAAUUGAUGGUACUCAAUUUGUACUGUUUUGCACCUUUAAGCACAGUAUGGUUUAUUGUCCUAUUAGAAAACAGCGCUCCUUUAAAGUUGACGAUAAUGCAAUAAACAUUGGUUUGACUGUUGACUUUGAUGGAACUUUUCUAAAGCUUUAAAGAUGAAAAACUGCUGCAAAGUUGAAUUUCUGAAAAUAUUAGUAGAAUGUGCUUUUUUAAAUAUUGAAUAAACUGCAUUUUUAACUGACU